CCCUCACAAACCUCGCUCGGAAGUGCAUCUUCAGAUCGAACUCUCCGGGUGCUGGACCGUCGGGAGGGGUUUGCGGUUAGGCUGUUCCAAUCUCUCUGUUGUUUCGGAGAGCUAUUUUCGUCACCAGAUUGACCAGGGAUCGAGCUCCUCAAAAUGUCGAUGGACCUAGACGCUCCGGUCUCGUUUGAGCCGGUUUCAUUUCAGCCGCAACAGCAGGCCGCAACAAUUCUUUGCUGCAACUGCGGCGCACCUAUAGACGGGACAACGGCGGCUGGUGCGCUUUGUGAGGAUUGUAUCAAGCUCACAAUCGAUAUAUCCGAGGGGAUCCAGCGUGAGGCUACAUUGCACAUGUGCAAAGACUGCGAACGAUGGUUACAACCGCCAAGUCAAUGGAUCAGUGCCGCUUUAGAAUCGAGGGAGCUACUGGCUCUAUGUCUUCGAAAAUUGCGAGGCCUAUCGAAGGUCCGAAUCAUCGACGCCAGCUUCUUAUGGACGGAACCCCACUCGAAACGAAUCAAGGUCAAGAUAACAAUUCAACAAGAAGUUUUCCAGGGAACAAUUUUACAACAAACGUUUGAGGUUGAAUACGUUGUCGCCUCUCAACAGUGCCCGGAAUGCGCGAAGUCGUAUACGGCUAAUACCUGGCGUGCUUCCGUCCAGGUUCGACAGAAAGUGCCGCACAAGAGAACUUUCCUGCACCUGGAACAGCUCAUUCUCAAACACGGUGCUCACAAAGAUACGAUAAAUAUCAAAGAAGUUAAAGACGGAUUAGAUUUCUUCUUUUCCCAAAGGAAUCACGCAGAGAGGCUUGUUGAUUUCCUAUCGUCGGUUGCCCCGGUUCGGGUUAAAAAGUCCCAGCAGUUGAUUUCCAUGGAUGUUCAUACGUCAACGAAGUCUUACAAGAUCUCAUUUUCGGUUGAAUUAAUACCUAUCUGCAAAGAUGAUCUCGUUGCGCUUCCGAUAAAGCUUGCGAAGUCGUUGGGAAAUAUUUCACCACUGACUCUCUGUUAUCGAGUCGGAACCUCUGUGAAUCUUCUCGAUCCAAAUACCCUCCAAAUUGCCGAUAUUCCUUCGCCCAUAUACUGGAGGUCGCCGUUUAAGAACCUGGCCGAUGUCCAAGAACUGGUGGAAUUUAUCGUCAUGGAUAUCGAGCCCAUUGGUCAUUCCAGUGGCCGUUUCUAUCUUGCAGAGGCCACAGUAGCACGCGCUUCAGACCUGGGUGUAAAUGAUACUACAUAUUUCACUCGCACGCAUCUUGGUGGCGUGCUCCACCCGGGGGACUCAGUCAUGGGAUAUCAUUUGACAGGAACCAAUUUCAACGACGAAAACUUCGAGGCCUUGGAGCAAAGUGGUACAUACAGCUCCACGAUCCCCGAUGUUGUACUAGUCAAGAAAUACUACGCCAGAAAGAAGAAGCACAAGUCUCGCAACUGGCGUUUGAAGCGCUUGGACCGUGAGGUGGAGGAUCAUCCGUCAGCCUCGUCCAGGCAGCAAGGCCAGGAUCGCUUGGAGGAAGAUUUCGAGAUGUUCUUGCGUGAUAUCGAGGAGGAUACGGAGCUAAGGAGUACGUUGGCAUUGUACAAGGCCCAGCAGAAACCAAGGGGCCAUGCCGAUCAGAUGGAUGGUGUCGAAAUGAAUGUUGAUGAUGACAGUGAUGAUGAUGACGUUCCUAAGAUCAAUAUGGAUGAGUUGCUAGAUGAGUUCGAGGAGCUCAAUAUGGAGGAUGGUCAAUAAGUGAUUUUUAUUUUCUCUUCGGGAUUCCUGCAGGCGUUUGGGAAUUCGAGACGCAAUGUCUCUCGUUUUGGUGAUCUUACCUGGGCCCGGAAAAUUAACCAAAAGCAGA